AAACGCAUCAAGAUAGCCAUCCUUGACAGCGGCCUUGACAAAGAGCACAAUGACAUCAGGAGUGCACGAGAAAGGAUCAGAGUCUUCGAUAGGUCGGAAAAGGACCCUCAUAAGCCCAGGUUCAAGAAGCUGAACCAUGCCGCUAUAAGCGACAGUGUGGGACAUGGUACACACGUUGUUGGACUGAUCCUUGAGUACACUUCCGAUGCUGAACUGUACGUUGCCGAUGUCAACGUGGACAAGCAACCAGAUCGUGAACCUCAUGCUUACUGUGAUCAGGCUAUUACGUGUGCCGUUGACGCUGGAGCCGACGUAAUCUCAAUAUCAGUCGGUUUCGAAGAACGGGAAUUGCCAGAUCCUCUAGAACAGGCGAUCAAGUAUGCAAAAGACAAGGAGGUUCACGUGUUCGCAGCUGCAUCUAACCAAGGUGCAAAUCGUCGUCGAACAUACCCAGCACGCUACGACGGUGUCUUCUGCAUACAUUCGACCAAUGCUUUUGGGGACUUUUGUGACUUCAAUCCCACGAAGCUCGGGGACUGCAACUUUGCUACCAUGGGGGUUGCGGUUACAUCCUCGUGGCCGAAGAACCUAGCUCAGUCACCUGAGAGCUACGAAGGAGGUAGCGUCACGAAGGCCAUGACCGGAACAUCGGUUUCGACACCCAUUGCGGCAAGUCUUGCAGCUUUCCUGUUGCGAUAUGCUAGAACUCAUCUCGAUCACGAACACAUAGUUCAACUUAAGAAGCAUUCUGUGCUGCGCUCAGUUCUGAAAAGUAUGGCGCAAGAACGAGACAGGGUGUUCUACUUGAGCCUACAAUCGGCUCCUGGACACAUGUUCGGAUGGCAUGAAGCGGACAUUCAAAGGGAGAUGAAAAAAGUCAUUCACGACUCUGAUUGAAAGGAAAUGCAAGGAAACGCCGCGCAUAGUCACUCGGGUAGCUCAAUCCUCAUCGUCGGAGUCCUCCACAAUGCCCAAAGUAACCAAGUUCUCGCCCUCUGUUUCCGCCACAGUGAAGGUACUACACUUCACGUCAGGACGAGGUUUGUCCACGGGAGUAACAGCCAGCUCAAAAGACUCCGCGUCUGCAGUCGUAAGCUCGAGAUAGGCGCCCUUGAGAUACUCUCUCUCUUUCUUCGCUUUCCCUAGUUUGUCAACCUUGAUUUUGCUAACCUUGUAUGCCAGCACAAAGUCGGUGCUUCCGUUCCAGGACACAUUGAACUUCGACUUCCGACCAGCGCAAACUUCAGGGCCACCGCCUACCGGAACUGCGCCCCCACUGAUUGCUGUUCCAUCGGCCUGAACACCGAGCGCCACGUCUGUAGUACUCGACUGCGUUGUAGAGAUUCCCC